GGCUUGUGACAGGAUCUUCUUCCCAUCAAGCGUUCAUCAUGGCUGAAACCGAGGCAACCCCUGCUCCCACUACGGAGCAGACCACCGUGGCCCCGACCGAGGUCGCUCCCAAGGCCGAGGAAACCGCAGCGCCGGCCGCGGCUGAGGAGACGGCCAAGCGCACGCAUGAUGAGGAUGGCGAGCAGCCCGCCAAGCGCGCCGCCGCCGACAACAGCGAGGCCACGGCCACUACCGCCGCACCCGCCACCGAGACCGCCGCUGUGCCCACCACCAACGCUACCGCUGCACCCGCUGCCGAGGGUGAGGCGCAACCCGCUGCCGAGGAAGAAGAUUCCUUCGAGCUGGCCAACAAUCUGGUCGGCUAUAUCAAUGGCCCACAAGGACAGAACAUCAAGAUUAUUGCCGACUACUGUGGAGUGACCAUUGAUGUGCCCACCGCCUGUGAGCCCAACACUCAGCACCGUAAGGUCAAGAUCAAGGGUAUCCCCGAGGGCGUUGAGUUUGCCAAGGAUAUCCUUUUCCGCCGCACCACCGGUGACCUCAGCUGGCCUGCCCAGCCCCGCGCCGUUGCCGAAGCCAUGGCACGUCGCCAGGCCGCCGCCCAGGCUCAGAUGCAACAGCACACCGGCGCUGCACCGAGUGCUGCUGGUCCCACCGACUCAAAGGAGAUGUUUGUCCUCGGUGAGCACACGGGCCGUAUCAUCGGCCGUGGUGGUGGCACCAUCCGCUCCAUCCAGGAUCUUUCUGGCGCACACGUCGACGUGGACCGUGAGGAUGGCCCUGAUGGCCGCCGUCGCGUCUGCAUCGUUGGUACGCCCGAGCAAAUUGCCAAGUGCGAGGAACUCAUCACCGCCAAGAUGAACGGUGAUCCCCUUCCCAUCCCGGCCAAUGCCGGUCUCAACCCCAACGAGAUGAAGGUCACCAUCCCCAACAACAUGGUCGGCCGUGUCAUUGGCAAGGGCGGACAGACCAUUCGUGAUAUUCAACAAAAUACAGGCUGUCAUCUGGACGUCGCUAAGGACCCCAACGGCGAGACUGGUCAGCGUGAUAUUGUGAUCAAGGGCAACCCGGCUCAGUGCAUUCAGUGCUGCCAUGUCAUCAACGAGACGAUCGGUGGCAUGACCGGCGACUUUGUGACAAACUACGUUACCCCGGCCUACGACUACGCUUCUUUCUGGGCAUCGCAGGGUCUCGACCCGAACACUGGCUAUCCGGCAGGCUAUGGUGCCCCCGCCGGCGGCUACGGUGGAUACGGCGGCUACGGCGGCGGCUACGGCCAGCAGGGUGGUUACGGCCAGCAGGGCUAUGGCGGCUAUGGCCAACAGGGUGGCUAUGGUGGUGGCUACGGUGGCCAGCAAGGCUAUGGCGGCGGUUAUGGAGGCUAUUACCAGCAGUCGCAAUCGCAGCAGUAAAGCGACCUGUGGUCGUACUUGGCCCUCCCUUUGCAUGUUUGUCUUGUGUUUUGGCAACGCCGCUUGCUCUUCCCUCCUCACGUUACAACCCGUGGAAAUUUGAAAAAAAAAAC